AUAUGCUUGUCUUUGACUAAAGACGUCGAAUCCCAUUCUCCCUCCCCCGCUGGAUUAAUCAUGAAAGACUUGCUCAACAUUCCACUUGUACAGAUCUUCACACUGGCUGCUUUCAGCUUGGCAGAGAAACUCCCCAAAGCGCCCAUAAUCACCACUCCUCUUGAAACAGUGGAUGCCCUGGUUGAGGAAGCGGCCACCUUUGUUUGUGUAGUAGAAUCUUUUCCCCAGGCAGAGGUUACCUGGACACGUAAUAACAUUCCAAUUAGGCUCUUUGACACACGGUAUAGCAUACGGGAAAAUGGACAGCUCUUGACUAUUCUGAGUGUGGAGGAUAGCGAUGAUGGGGUUUACUGCUGCACUGCAAACAACGGAGUGGGAGUACCGACGGAAAGCUGUGGUGCAUUACAGGUGAAAAUGAAACCCAAAAUAACCCGCCCACCUUCAAAUGUGAAAAUAAUUGAAGGAUUAAAGGCCGUUUUUCCCUGCACCACAAUGGGGAACCCCAAGCCUUCAGUAUCCUGGGUCAAAGGAGAAAACCUUAUAAAGGAAAAUACUCGGAUUGCUAUUCUUGAAUCAGGCAGCUUGAGGAUUCACAAUGUUCAAAGGGAAGAUGGUGGUCAUUAUCGAUGCAUGGCAAAGAAUAGCCUUGGGACAGCCUACUCAAAGCCAGCCUUUCUGGAAGUGGAAGUUUUUGCUCGCAUCCUGAAAGCUCCUGAAUCCUACAAUGUCAGUUUUGGCUCUGUGGUAACUCUGCGAUGUGCAGCAACAGGCAUCCCAACUCCAACCAUAACAUGGCUUGAGAAUGGAAAAGCUGUCUCAGCAGGAUCCAUAGUUGAAACGGUCAAAGAACGAGUGAUUGAUUCUAGGCUGCAAGUUUACGUCUCCCGGCCUGGUUUGUUCACCUGUGUCGCCACCAACAAGCACAGUGAAACUUACGGCACCGCAAAAGCUGCAGCCACUAUCAAUGUAUCAGAAUGGAGCAGACUCUACAAGGGAGAUGCAGGUUACUGCAGCUCCUACCAGGGAGAGGUGUGUAGUGCACUCCUGGCAAAGGAUGCCUUCGUUUUCUUCAACACUUCCUAUGGAGACCCGGAGGAGACCCAAGAGCUACUUGUCCGCACAGCAUGGACUGAGUUGAAAACAGUGAAUCCCUUGUGCCGCCCAGCUGCUGAGUCGCUGCUGUGCCACUACAUCUUCCAGGAGUGCAGUCCCUCCAGGAUCGGACCGGCUCCAAAACCUGUUUGCAGAGAGCAUUGCCUUGCUGUAAAGGAUCUCUACUGCUUUAAGGAAUGGCUUUCAAUGGAAGAAAAUGCCCGCAAAGGAAUCUACAAACCUGGGCUGAUGUUACUGACUCUGCCAGAGUGCAACCGACUUCCCAGCCUGCACCAGGACUCGAAGGCUUGCAUGAGGAUUCCACAUUUUGAUCUUAAAAAGGAAGAUACAACAACAACCUGUUACAAGGGCAAUGGUCUCACCUAUGAAGGUUCUGUCAAUGUCACGGCCUCUGGCAUUCCUUGUCAGCAGUGGAGUGAACAGGUUCCUCAUUCACACAGAAGUACCCCUCAGGUUUUCCCAGAGCUGUCCAAGGCAGUCAACUAUUGUCGAAAUCCAGGGGGUGAAAAUUUGCGGCCUUGGUGUUACACAAUGGACUCAUUUGUAAAAUGGGAAUACUGUGAUGUACCUCACUGUGGAGAUGAAUCAUUGCCUCAAGGAACAACGAAGGCGAGUGUGCCGACUCCACAUUUCCCUUUGACUUCCUCAUUCUCCCCAACGUAUUCCAUGACGGUCAUCAUCUCCAUCAUUUCCAGCUUUGCAAUGCUUAUCAUGCUCAUCAUCACUGCUCUUGUUUGUUGCCGGAGACACAAGCAAUGGAAAAACAAGACCAGGGAGUCGGCGCCACCAGCCCUGACGACUCUUCCCUCCGAGCUCUUGCUGGACAGGUUGCACCCCAACCCCAUGUACCAGCGCAUGCCUCUGCUCCUGAACCCAAAGUUAUUCAGCCUGGAAUAUCCGAGAAACAACAUUGAAUAUGUGAGAGAUAUUGGAGAAGGAGCAUUUGGACGGGUCUUUCAAGCAAGGGCGCCUGGACUGCUUCCCUAUGAGCCAUUCACGAUGGUGGCCGUGAAGAUGCUCAAAGAAGAAGCCUCAGCAGACAUGCAGGCUGACUUUCAGAGAGAGGCGGCCCUCAUGGCUGAAUUUGAUAAUCCAAACAUUGUCAAACUUUUAGGGGUGUGCGCUGUGGGAAAGCCAAUGUGUCUGCUUUUCGAAUACAUGGCCUUUGGGGACCUCAACGAGUAUCUGCGCAAUCGAUCACCACGCAACCUGUGCAACCUAAGCAAUGGCAACCUUGACAUAAGGAUCCGACCCUCCAGCCCAAACUUGCUUGCUCUUUCCUGCAUUGACCAGCUCUGCAUUGCAAAGCAGGUGGCAGCCGGAAUGGCCUACCUGUCCGAACGCAAGUUUGUGCACCGGGACUUGGCCACCAGGAAUUGUUUAGUGGGAGAAAACAUGGUGGUUAAAAUAGCUGAUUUUGGUCUCUCCAGAAACAUGUACUCUGCAGACUAUUACAAAGCAAACGAAAACGACGCCAUCCCCAUACGAUGGAUGCCCCCCGAGUCUAUCUUCUACAAUCGCUACACAACGGAGUCUGAUGUUUGGGCUUACGGUGUGGUCCUGUGGGAGAUUUUUGCCUUUGGAAUGCAGCCCUAUUAUGGGAUGGCUCACGAAGAAGUCAUCUAUUAUGUGAGAGAUGGCAAUGUCCUGUCUUGCCCAGAGAAUUGUCCAUUGGAGCUCUACAACCUCAUGCGCCUCUGUUGGAGCAAGCUUCCUUCUGACAGGCCCAGCUUUGCCAGCAUCCAUCGCAUUCUGGAACGCAUGUAUGAGAGGGCAGUGAUGGCUGAGAGUGCGUGAGCCAGGGCGGCGCCAAGUGAGCUCUUCCUGGGAUGAUCAGGCUUGGAUCAAGGAGGGUGCUUGGGCCUCAUGGCCAUGACUCAAGGCAACAGUCCCAGUGGAAAAGUGAAGCAAGCGAGGACUUUUGCUUGAGCGAAGACUUGAAGAGUCAGCCCUGCAUUUAGAAACCAAACUAAACACCUCAUUCUCAAAAUGUCACACUUUUAUUUUCUUUUAAAGCUUGUUUUCAGGGUGUUCUGUUUUGCCAAAAGCAAAAAUAAAAUUCCAGCCUACAUAAAUUCCAGUGCUAAAAACAAGAUCGCAAUAAGCUAACACAGCAGCCAAAUCACAAACACAAAAACAACUGAAAGAGCAAACCCAAAAAGCAGCUGCAUCAAGGCUCAGAUUAAUUCUAAAAACCCAGCUCCAAUUGCCUUCCAGGUCUAGAAGGUCCUCACUGCUGAUUUUAAACGUCUCCAUACCUUUGGCUCCUUGCCAUUGCCUCAUCCCAAGUCAGAGCAGCUCGGUAUUGUCUGCUCUUUAUGGGAAGUGGUUCUCCAAGGACUUUGCCUAUUGAGCUGUUUCCAGUCCUUCUGCUUGAGACCCUUGGAGGGAUUGCACUUUGGGCUAUCUCAGAGCAUGUGCUCAGCCACUGAGCUGCAUCCACUCCAUAGAAGUGGAUGGGGCUAGUCUAUUGAAAGUGGUUUGAAUCCUGCAGCUAUAUGGGAUGAAAUGGAAGGAGUAUGCCCAGGUCAGUGAGAGCUUUUGUGUCAGAAAUGCUGAAAAAGACAGCUUUGUUGGAAGGAAAAGCCUAUUGCUUUCAGGUUGCAUUGAAGUUCCUCUUUUCAGUCCUGGAUUUGUUGACCUAACACGUGCUGAAUUUCUCCAUAGAUUACAACUUAUUUAGGUCCCCAACUCUACCCCCACCAACUAGAGAGUUCUGCUCUUGCAGAGGUGUGAACCUAUCUUAUCCAAAUGGUUGCACAAAUAGUCACAGUAGUAGCCGCUCUUUGGUCAAGUGAUCUUUUACAGAUUUUUCAAGAAACAGUGGCUUGCAGGGCCAGAUGGUCAUCAGAUCCCAAAUAAUCCUACCUAGUUUAUAUGAUGGGACCCACCGUAACAGCUGCAAAGAUGGUUAUUAUGGUUAUUAGAUAGCACAUCAAAGUCAAUUAAAGCUGAAGAAACAUACCCCCAGCUAAACAAAAGUUUGUGUUUCUUUUCUGGUACCCUCUCAUGUCUAUGGUCUCCCACCCCAUCCACACAUUUUUAUAGUUUGCAUUUUUAAAAAGUUAAGCCUGAGCCUUUACAUUAGAAGUAUAAAGUACAAUACCAUGAAGGGCAAGGUGCAAGGUCUCACAAGGAUGCUACAGGUCCUGGGAGACCCCUCAUUUCUAUCAUGCACUCCCUCUGCCUGCAUUGGUCACCCCUGACCUGCUGCUCAGCCUAGUGGGCAUCACCUGGGUGUACUCAUGGUUAUAUUGGGUAUAUUGAUUCAGCAUGCCUAAUAUCCAGCCACUUCCAUCUGGCCAUUUAAAGGCCAGUCCAAAGAUCCCAGCUGGACAGGAAGAUGGCAAUCAUGUGGGAAGGGCCCAUAGGACUGCUCUUCCGUGUGGGUUUAAGUCUGGUGAAGCCAGACAUGGAAGAAUGACUCACAUACCCACAGGGGAAGGGCUAUGCCGGAAGUUUGUAGGAGAACCUGCUGCCGUCCAAACCACCCUACUUAAAGGGAUUGUGAUAGAGGCUGGUUUUGCUAAGGCACCAUGCUAGCAUGUUCCACUUCAAGCUGGACAUCAAUUGUUCCGUGUCAAUUGUUUUCUUAUUGUGUCCCAAAUUUUGUUAUUACUUUUCAGCCUAGAGCCCUACACACAUACAGGUGUGAAGACAG